AUGAAGUCUCUCGUCGAUGAAGGAUCCACCCAGGAAACCACACUCUCGACGUACGAAGAGCUUGCGGCGUGCCGUCCGGUCACCUUCCCCGGUGACAACUUCCUGCAGCCUUUCUUGACCUUCCUCGGGGCCACUCUCACCAGCCGCAGUGGAGGAGACAUCACGUACGACACGAUUAAAGGCUACGCCAUUACGCUCAUGUCCUUGUGGCGCCAGGACAUGGAUUACAAACUAAGUUGUGGUAGCACAGUGGCGAAAGCUGACACGCAGCCCUCCCUCACACUGGAACGCACCUUUGACACCAUCGUCGAUGUGGCGAAACAGCUCGACCUUCACCCUGCCUACCCAUUCACAGCGGGUCUGGACUCUAAAGCCAUUCUCGACAUGCUUCAGGCGAUAAACGCUUACCCCUCUCAGCUCGAUCAACGUUGUUGA